ACGGAGCACAACGGGGUUGUUGCAACGGGCAAGCUCUAGGAAGAAAAAAACAUCCACCCCUCCUCCUCCCUUCCCCUCUGCCGGCCAACAGCAGAACCCGGAAACCUUUUCAACAACCUUACCGCUGUCUGAAAUGUCGGAACUACGACGAAAAGCUCUUGGGAGCGGAAAGACCGUCUCUCGCAAAGCUGCCUCCCGCCAGUCCUCAGCAGCCUCAUCCAGAGCGAAUUCCCGCAACACUUCUCGUGCCAACUCUAGAGCUGCUAGUAGGGCCAAUACCGAUGACGAGGGCUCCCUGAGCGACGAAACCACCUUCAGUCUUGGAUCGGUUGAUGAGCUUGCUACUAUUGAUGCCGAGCUCGAUGAGACCACUACCAUCUGGCAGGAGGAACUUGGUGAUAGAAUAAAUCAAAUUACCGAACGCAAAAAGUCGAGCUCCGUUGGGAGAGAGGAAUCUUUGACAGCCUAUGUUCGUAUCCUAUGUGCCAAAUAUGCAAAGGAGGAGAUACUCUCCAAAAAGUCUGAGCUCCUCGAUGCCUUCGUAAAGAGCCUCAAGCAGGGCAAGACUGAGAAGGAAGCGUUGCUUGCUGCGAAAGCACUAGCGAUUACUAUUGUUACGGAUCCCGAGGAUACCCUUUUCGACAAACUGGCCCCAGAUUUCAAGCGCGCUAUCAGAGAUCAUGCAUCCCUGCCGCUCAAAAAUGCUUUGAUCCACGCUUUAGGAGCUGUGGUAUUUUACGGCGGAGCCUCCGUUGCUGAGACGGAGCUCAUUAUGGACUUCUUUAUGGAGAUCGUCGAGUCCGAUGGUCAUGACAUUGGCGCAGGUGAUGAUGCAGGGAUUGUCGCUGCUGCCUUGGAAGAAUGGGGUAAUCUUGCUACCCAGUUGGAUGAUGCUGAAGAGGUUACCCGUCGCUCCAUGUCAUCCCUCGUUGACCAGUUGGAUUCUUCCGAAAUCUUGGUCCAGAUCGCUGCGGGCGAGAAUAUUGCCUUGCUCUACGAAAAGAGCUACGCCGAGGGAGAAGAUGAUGAGGUUGUUGAGGACCACUCAGAAUCCGGCCUUGGAAAGAACUUUGUUCAAAAAUACAAACCAUACCCUCGCCAUGGCGAUCUUCUUCAUACCCUUCGCAGUCUCUCCAGCGGAUCGAAAAAGUAUCUCUCCAAGAGGAAUAAGAAGACCCAGCACUCGGCAUUUGUUGAUAUCCUACAUAGCGUUGAGAACCCCAUGAAGGGCCCACGUUACUCCGAAGCGUUGGAUAAGGACAAUAGAGUUCGUGGCUCAAGAAUGACGGUUAGAAUCCACAAGAAGGGAUUAUUGAGGGUAGAGAGGUGGUGGAAGCUUCAUCGCCUUCAACACUUGAGAAGAAUUCUUGCAGGCGGUUUCUUAAACCAUUGGAUCGAAAAUCCAGUUAUAUUUGAGAGUUUGAGCUUGUUUGUGGAAGAAAUAUAAGCGGUAUCUGAUAACCUCCUAAUCCGGCUGCUCUCUCAGGUAGAAGGUCUCUUGGUUUUUCUAUCUGUUCGCUCACUUCGGGGUUCGUACUUGAUUUACUGAAAAAAAAAAAAAUGAAAAAAAAAACACGAAAAGUUGAGUGGACUAGAAUAGUAAGUAGUGAGUUCCUUGUAAUUUUACUACCAUUGCCUGUUCCGAGGGAUGUCUGCGUUUCUUGUUUCUCCUAAGUACUUCCCAUAUUUUGUUGUCUCAUUUGCGUUUCUGGCUCUACCACUGGCUCUCGUUUUCACCUUAAGCAUAUACACCUUGGGGUUUCUUUAAGCUUCGAGAUAUAUAAGGUAGACUGGCAAUUUUUAACCGGGUUUUCUUUUCUUUUACUUUUUCCCCUUCUUUUCUUUAAUUUUAAUUUUAAUUUUAAUUUUUUCGUUUC